GGUUGAGAAUGUUGGGGGAAGGCGCGCGGGAUUGAUUGGAGUAAAAUACACGCGCCAAAACCAGACCAGAGCCCAAUCUGAUCACACCGCAACAGGCUGCUUCAUGUCCGGCGUCGCCUUGUACGAGAUCCGUCCCGCCGGCAAAAAGAACAACGCAACCAACGCACCCCCUCGAACCUCCGGAUAAUGAUGCGUCCCUGCCCCCGGCGACGUCCACCCGGCCCCCUGCCACCCAUUCAUCCCCUUCAGCUCCGCCGUGGGGUCAAUCUGCACGACGCAAUUGAUCUCCCCAUAGGGAUGCAGAUGGUACUGCCCGCGGUAUUCUGCCUGACUAUCCAUGUACACCGUCGUGAUGCUGAAGAAGCGCGUGCGUUCUGUGGGAGUGCAGAGGCGACUGCGUCGGUAUUUCGGGCCGUCGAGCUCGUCGGUCGCGACCCAGCCUUCGUUGUUGGCUAUACCAGAUCGGAUGAGGCUGCAAAAGUCUUCGUAGAAGGGGUUUCCCGGGCCGUAGUUCUCAUUGAGGUGUUUUUCGAGCUCGUGGCCGGGGGUUCUGCGAUAAGAUGGUUAGUGGGGUGGGAACAAAGCAACCGAAGUGAGGACGCACAGAUCGGCGACCUCGGCGAAGAAUUCUUCGGCGCGGGCGAUGAGCUUUUCGGCGUUGGGGUGGAGGGUAGACAUUUUGCUGGAUAUCUAAACCUGGAGAGAUGGAUUGCUGAUUUUGAAGAUGAGCCGGGGGAAGUUGGCAGGGAUGCUUUAUCUGUGCACUGAAAUGCGGAGAAGUACGUAUCCGGUACGUAUCCGAGGCUCCGGUGGCAGCGCCCAGACUCGACACAGCGAAUCAGACGGUCGAUUUGCGAUUCGGGAUGGCAUUGGCACGGGGAACACGAUGUCCGACUCCGGGUUAUAAGCGGACACUCGGCCAUUGUUGGGGGGAGUCAAGAAUCCCGCAGUCAUUGCCUCGAAGACAGAAACAUCUAUUGUAUAGCCAUGCCGUCCAAAUCAGUUGAUCUCCUUAUAGUCGGCGCCGGCGUCCACGGUCUCAUAAUGGCCAAAACCUACCUCGAGGUGCACCCCUCGGCAACCCUGCUCGUCGUCGACGAGUCGCAGUCCGUCGGGGGUACAUGGGCCCGCGAGAGACUGUAUCCCGGACUGAAGACGAAUAAUGUCUUUGGCUCGUAUGAGCUUAGUGACUUUCCUAUGGAUGCGAGCCGAUAUGGUGUUGAAGGGACGGGGCAUAUCCCCGGACAGGUGGUCCAUUCGUAUCUGUGUGAUGUCGCUGAUCAUUUCGGGCUUACGUCGUGGAUUGUGCUUAAUACGAGAGUUAUCGCGACGGCCUUGCUGGAUGAUGGCUCCUGGAAGGCCUCGCUACAGACCGUGGAUCGAGACGAGUAUGCCGUUGAGGAGAUACAUGCAGCAAAGCUCGUCCUCGCCACAGGCCUCACCUCGAAACCACAUAUCCCACAAAUCGCUGGCUCGGAUACGUUUGGACGACCGAUCCUACAUUCAAAGCAACUCAAAGCGCAAGCGCAGCGCCUCGCAGAAAGCAAAACCGUUGUUGUCGUCGGCGGAAACAAGUCAGCCUGGGACGUUUGCUACACGGCCGCGCGCGCUGGAUCCCGAGUCCACAUGGUGAUUCGUCCUUCUGGGGGUGGCCCGAGUUAUCUGUGGCCUCGGCGAUUCUCCCUUGGCACUUUUGAAGCAUCGCUGGCGAAACUGUCGACGAUGCGACUGUUUACGUUGUUUGAUCCGGCAGUCGCAUUGGUGAGUACGGGGCCAUUUACAUGGGCGAAGAGGUUUCUCCAUCAGACGUUCAUGGGUCAAUGGAUCUGCCGUUGGUUCUGGACGUACCUUGAUGGGACUAUCAAAAGGAUCAACGAAUAUCAGACCCAUCCGGAGCUACAGAAAUUGGAGCCGUGGACGACGCCGUUCUGGAUGGGGAACUCACUCAGCAUACAUAAUUAUGAGACGAGCUGGUUUGAUUUGGUCCGGGAGGGGAGGAUCAAUGUUCAUAUCACGGAUCUCGAGUCGUUGUCGCCGGGGAAUGUCCAUUUGGCGGAUGGAACGACUCUCGACGCAGAUGCUCUGGUUUUGUGUACAGGAUGGACAACGGACCUUCCGGUGAAAGUUGACGUUGACCGAGUGGAUGAGAAGGAGGAGAGGCACUCGAGGGGGGCUCUCUACGCAAAGGUCCCGUACCUAUCGUAUAUACCAAGGCGAACAUCGAAUGCGCCCACAAUACAAAAAAGGGUUGCCUCGGCGGACGAUGCAGCGGAAUCCGACUCUGCAGUUCCCCUUCUCUACCGCGACAUGAUCCCCGCGGAAGAGAAAUAUCUACUUUCAAAGAACCUCGCCUUCAUCGGCAUGUCCGUCUCAAUCCACGCAGUCCUCGUCGCGCAGGCCCAAGCACUCUGGAUAACAGGAUUCCUCUCCGACAGCAUCCCGCACCUCCGCGCAGAAAAUCUAAAUCACGGUCAAUUCAGAAACAAGGCAAUUCUUGACAGGAUUUACGGCCAGCUGCGGCGCCCGCGAGACACUGGCGGACUCGCUGGAAGACAUGCAGAUCUGGUUUUUGACAGCCUGCCGUAUGUGGAUGGGUUACUUGGCGACAUGGGGCUGCCCUGCAGACGGAAGAAGAACUGGUGGAGGGAGCUGGUGGAGCCGUAUUGUCUCGAGGAUUAUCGGGGACUGGUACGGGAGUGGAUGGGAUUGGGAGGGAUCGAUCUGACAAAGUGAUACGAGGGAGCUGUCAAACUCGUGUCACGAGAACAGCUGGAGCGUUGGCUAUGUGGUGCAGAUGUUGUUAUGCCUUGAAUUCAGGAAGAGAAGUUCCCUUCGAAAUGUCAAAUUGUGGCUGGCUGACAGCUUCACCCCAAAAAUGAGAUACUGCUUAUUGGGCCAGAGGCAUGCAGGGCACUACUGCGACGUGAAGAAAAGACAUGUCAUAUUCUGCUCCUUGGAAGUAACGGGGCCAGAACGAGCUCAGUGACGUGGCACUGCAUUGAACCUCUGUCACUUUCUUCAAGUUGAUGUACUGUAGCCUGCAGCUGUCCACACCAAAAAAAAGACCUUAUACAAGUCGUAGGCAGAUCAUUUCCCUCGAGAGACCUGUGAGUGACAGUCGAGGUCGUUCGAUUUCAAAUUGGACUCUACAGCCAGCUGACAACCUUGGUGUACCGAGUAGAGGCAAACAUCCACACGACGCACGGCAGUUCGAACAUG